GAGCUGGCCCACGCGAGGGCCGCCCUGGAGGAGCGCGACGAGCAGAUCGCGGAGCAGCGCCGCGAGAACGCGCGGCUGGCGGCCGCCGCGCGCGGCGGCGCCUCGCUGGAGAGCUCCGACGCGGACGCGCUGAGCGAGGCGACGCGCCGCUCGCAGGAGCUGCUCGGCGCGGCGCGGGAGGAGCUCUGCAGCCUGAAGGUGCACGUUCACUCGCUCAGCCGGCACCCGAGCGCGCAGAGGCCGGGCCAG